UUUUGGAGUUGUUGGAAUAGCGUGUGUGUGUGAGAGCUAAGAGCAGAAAGCUGUGUGAGAGAGCCAGGAGAGGCUAACAGUGUGUGUGACAGAGCAUUAAACAUCCACGGACGGACAUACUGGCGGACUGGUGAAAGACGGGUACGGCAGGAGACACAGACAGCGACAGGCAGCCCUCAGGGGACUCAAAACACAAACGCACGACACGGAGAUCUGAGGGGGACUUGAGAGGGGUGAGAGAUCGCUGCUGGUGGAUUCGGCUCUGGACCAAGACACAAGCAACACUAGAAGACCCAGCUGAAACGUAUCAACCAGUCAGAGAAUCUCUGGGCCUCAUCGCGACCCACUCCAGCCUUCACUCAGGAGAGAGUGCGAGCUUCCUGAACUUCUGGGUUGCCGGUGGUCUCCGGGACACCCCCCUCUCCCCCCUCAGACCCCCCCCACCCUUGCCCUCCGGACUUCCCCCGGAACCUCCCGGAACAAGCCCUCCCCCCCAGCAUCAAAGCUGCCACGCAGACACAAAGACUGAAGAAGAGGAGGAUGAGGACAAUGAAGACCAGUGGUUGCGUGGGAGUGUCUGUAAUGGUGUUCCUGUUGAUGAAGACCACCAUGGCGGAGGAAGAAGACCCCAGCACUCUCAGAGACUCUAACAGGGAGCAGUGGGAGAGAAGGGUGCGCUCGGCCUCCAGUCUGGAGGAGCUCCUGCGUCUCACAGACUUCCCUGACUGGAAACUCUGGAAGUGUCGUCAGAACCUCCAAACCCUGGAAGCCCCCCCGCAGCCCAAAUUCCGCUCCUCCUCCUCCUCCUUCCUCUCCUCCUCCUCCUCCUCCUUCCUCUCCUCCUCCUCCUCCUCGUCAGGGUCGCACCGCUCAACACGCUACGCCGCGGACUCUUUCAGUUUGGAGAUACUCAAAGCCAUCGACGAGGAGUGGCAGAGCACCCAGUGCAUGCCUCGGGAGGCGUGCGUCGACGUGGCCAAGGAGCUUGGCUCAUCCCCCUCCAUGUUCUUCAAGCCCCCGUGUGUGUCCGUGUUCCGCUGCGGAGGCUGCUGUAACCAAGAGGGCGUGGCCUGCCGCAACACAAGCACCACCUACGUCAACAAGACCCUGCUCAGUGUGAUCCCCUUCAAGUACGGCCCAGAGCCUGUCCUCAUCAGAGUGGCCAAUCACACGCAGUGUAGGUGCAUGGAGCCCGCCCUGAUACGCCGCCACGCUCGACCCCAUCGGAGGAACGGGUGUUCCCCUCGUCAGCGUCCGGACUCAGGGGACCCCCGGAGGCUGUGUUCUCCAGGCUUGAUCUGGGACUGCCUGGCUGAGAGAUGUGUCCUCUACCCCUCCAGUCCCCCAGUGGAGUUGACGUUUAGUGGGGGCGGACCUGAAUGUGAGAUUGACCUGGAGAGAUGUGGUUGUGUGGCUCCACCUCUCCAGCCCUGACACUCCCGAUGGCACGACUCCACCCAGGACAGGAUAACCAUUGACAAUCUCCUGUGGAUUCCCGAAGUUCAGAUUCAGGAGGCAACAACAUUAAUUUAUUUAUAGACCUAUUUAUACCAGCGUGAUUAAACCCUACUAACCGCAACCAUGGCCAGAUGACUAACCAGCACUACUGUGACAGCUUGUACUACAGUGGACCCUGUGUGUGUGCAUUGUUAGUCCCUCUGUGUAAAUGACCUGUUCUCUCUAUCCCCGUACACUGAACAAAACAUGUAUGUUACAUUAAAAGAAUUGUAUUUUUUAUAAUUUCA